GACCACCCCACACGCACCUCGGGGUGCCGCUUCGGGGCCGGCUCGGCCAAGUUACCGGCUCCUGGGGGCUACUGCUUCGUCCCCGCACUCGCCCCGUGGAGCCCCCGCCGCGGCUGAGCCCCGGGUGGGGCCCGGCUCGCGGGGGGGGUGCAGGAAGGGUUCCCCCCCCCCCGAGGGUAAUCUCUGUUUAUCGGCUCCAGCCCGGUUUGGUGCAGCCUUGGCAAGAGAGCGACGAGGAGAGGGAGCUCCAUUAAAACUGAUUUUACAGAAGGCAGCAAGUUGAUACAAGAAGAGCAGGUUCCCCACAGGAAAGGAAAUAAAAGGUCUUGGAGCAACGUAUUAAGGUAAAGAGAUUGCAGUGGAUUUCUGGAUGGCAGAUCUGCAAUGGACGCAAGUUCUCUGGGAGGAUUAGAACUGUCUGAACAUACUCCUGGUCUACUAGGGAAUACCGCCAUGGCAGCUGGUCUUGCAAAUGUAGGAAAUACAUUUGGAGGUCCACCUAGUUCUUUAGUUUCUAGACCUAGUAAAUUCCAAAACUCGCCUAUAGAAGAUGAUGAUGAUGUAGUUUUUAUUGAACCUAUACAACCUCCUCAAAAUUCUACAUCACUGAUAACAGAACAAAGGAACGCUGCGUUUACAUCAUCCAAAAAUGAUGAACUUCAAGGGGAAGAUUGCAAAAUGCUUCCUCCUCCAAAAGACUUAAAUUCGCAAAAGGGGAGCAUAAGUGAAACUAUUAUUAUUGAUGAUGAAGAAGAUAUUGAAACAAAUCAAGGACAAGAGAAGAAUGCUUCCAGUUUUAAUGAACGAAGACUUCCAGAGUGUAAAAAUAGAACCAACGAUAUGGAUUUCUCAGCUUCCAGUUUUUCAAGAAGUAAGGUAAAUUCAGGAAUAGGUGGUAGUGGUAUAACCACAGAACCAGACUCUGAAAUUCAGAUUGCUAAUGUUACCACAUUAGAAACACGUGCUGUGAGCUCUGUGAGUGAUGGUCAUUUAGAAAAUACUGAAGGGCGUGACAUGAACUUAAUGAUUACACAUGUAACAUCACUGCAGAAUGCCAACUUGGGAGAUGUUUCUAACGGACUGCAGUCAAGUAAUUUUGGUGUUAAUAUGCAAACAUACACCCCAUCUUUAACUUCACAGACCAAGACUGGUGUAGGACCUUUCAAUCCUGGUAGAAUGAGUGUGGCUGGAGAUGUAUUUCAAAAUGGAGAAUCUGUGACUCAUCAUAAUCCUGAUUCUUGGAUAUCCCAGUCAGCUUCAUUCCCUAGGAAUCAGAAGCAACCAGGUGUGGAUUCUUUGUCACCAGUAGCAUCACUUCCUAAACAGAUUUUCCAGCCUUCUGCUCAGCAGCAGCCUUCUAAACAGGUUAAAGUCACAUGUGCAAACUGCAAAAAGCCUUUACAAAAGGGACAGACUGCGUAUCAGCGGAAAGGAUCAGCUCACCUUUUUUGUUCUACUACCUGCCUCUCAUCAUUCUCACACAAACCCACUCCAAAGAAACUUUGUGUUAUGUGCAGAAAAGAUAUAACAACAAUGAAAGGUACCAUUGUUGCUCAAGUUGAUUCAAGUGAGUCUUUCCAGGAGUUUUGCAGUACAUCCUGUCUAUCAUUCUAUGAAGAUAAACAGAAUCCCUCGAAAGGAGCUUUGAAUAAAUCAAGAUGCACUAUCUGUGGUAAACUAACUGAGAUUCGUCAUGAAGUUAGCUUUAAAAAUAUGACUCAUAAGCUGUGCAGUGACCACUGCUUCAAUAGAUACAGGAUGGCAAAUGGUUUAAUAAUGAAUUGCUGUGAGCAUUGUGGAGAGUAUUUACCCAGUAAAGGAGCUGGAAACAAUAUUCUUACUAUUGAUGGUCAGCAGAAAAGAUUCUGCUGUCAGAACUGCGUUGGUGAAUACAAGCAGAAAUAUGGCAAAUUAACAUCUUGUACUGGCUGCAGAGCUCAGUGCAGGUUUUUUGACAUGACUCAGUGCAUAGGACCUAAUGGAUAUAUGGAGCCAUACUGCUCAACUGCAUGCAUGAACACACACAAAUCAAAAUAUUCAAAAUCACAAAGUAUGGAAAUUAUUUGCCACUUUUGUAAACGAAACUUUUUACCUCAGUAUCAAGCCACAAUGCCUGAUGGAAAACUGUACAACUUUUGCAGUUCCAGUUGUGUAGCUAAAUUUCAGACUCUCAGUGUGCAGUCUUCAACAAACGGUCAGUUUAUCUCUCCCACUGAUAUUCAGUUGAAAUGCAACUAUUGCAAAAGUUCUUUUUGUUCAAAGCCAGAAGUACUGGAAUGGGAGAACAAAGUGUAUCAGUUCUGCAGCAGAGCAUGUUCUGAUGAUUAUAAGAAACUGCACUGCAUAGUUACAUACUGUGAAUACUGUCAAGAGGAAAAAACGCUGCAUGAGACGGUGAAUUUCUCUGGCAUCAAAAGACCGUUUUGUAGUGAAGGCUGCAAGCUGCUAUAUAAACAAGACUUUGCAAGACGGUUAGGACUGAGAUGUGUUACUUGUAAUUACUGCUCGCAGCUGUGCAAAAAGGGAGCAACUAAGGAACUUGAUGGUGUAGUGAGAGAUUUCUGCAGUGAAGAGUGCUGUAAAAAAUUUCAGGACUGGUACUACAAGGCUGCACGAUGUGACUGUUGUAAGUCUCAAGGAAAUCUCAAAGAGAAGGUGCAGUGGCGUGGAGAAAUGAAACACUUCUGUGAUCAGCACUGUUUGCUCCGUUUCUACUGUCAACAAAAUGAACCAAAUCUGGCAACCCAAAAAGGACCUGAGAACUUACAAUACGAUCAGGGCUGUCAAACUCCUCGAACAAAAAUAACAGGCUCAGCACCACCACCUUCUCCAACACCUAACAGAGAAAUGAAGAACAAGGCAGUUCUUUGCAAACCUUUGACAAUGACAAAAGCCACAUACUGUAAACCUCAUAUGCAGACAAAAUCUUGUCAGACAGAAGAUGAUUGGAAAAAAGAGUAUGUCCCAGUGCCUAUUCCUGUACCUGUCUAUGUUCCGGUGCCUAUGAACAUGUAUAGUCAAAAUGUUCCUGUUCCUACAACGGUUCCUGUUCCGGUGCCAGUUCCAGUUUUCUUGCCCACUACUCUGGAUAGCACAGAGAAAAUCCUUGCAGCAAUAGAAGAGCUGAGGGGAAAAGUGCCCUCAAAUCCGCUGGAAUCUGAGCUACUGACUUUGUCAGGGAUGUUGCCUGAACAUGAUGGAAAAGCAGAAGUUUCUGACAUGGCCAGUGUGAUAGUUGAGUCGAAUCUACUAAACUCAGAAACAGAGGCACAGAGAAGCUUGCCAGAUGUUCCAUACGAACGAGACCUUGAUAUUGAAAUAGACUUUCCAAGAGCAACUGAGGAGCUUGAUACAGAAAAUGAGUUUUUAUUGCCUCCCGUUUUUGGGGAAGAAUAUGAGGAACAGCCAAGGCCUCGCUCCAAAAAGAAGGGAGUGAAGAGGAAAGCGGUGUCAGAGUACCAGUCUCAUGAUGAUAGCUCUGAAAACUCAGAGUGUAGUUUUCCAUUUAAAUAUGCAUAUGGUGUAAAUGCGUGGAAGCACUGGGUGAAGUCUCGGCACUUAAACGAAGAGCUGCCAGAAUUAGAAGAACUGAAAUCAACAAAGUCUGUGAAAUUAAAGGAAGAUCUAUUAUCACAUACUUCAGCUGAGUUAAACUAUGGGUUGGCACAUUUUGUCAAUGAAAUUCGAAGGCCAAAUGGAGAGAACUAUGCACCUGACAGCAUCUAUUAUCUGUGUCUUGGGAUUCAGGAGUAUUUAUAUGGAAGUAAUCGAAAAGACAACAUAUUUAUUGAUCCAGUCUACCAGACAUUUGAACAGGAAUUAAGUAAAAUCCUUAGAAGUUGGCAACCAAGCAUACUUCCAGAUGGGUCGAUAUUCUCUCGAGUUGAAGAAGAUUAUCUAUGGAGGAUUAAACAGCUAGGAUCACAUUCACCAGCUGCUCUUCUGAAUACGCUGUUCUACUUUAACACCAAGUAUUUUGGUCUGAAAACAGUGGAGCAGCACUUAAGACUUUCUUUUGGCACUGUUUUUAGACAGUGGAAGAAAAAUCCUCUAACAAUGGAAAGUAAAGCUUGUCUUCGAUAUCAAGUGUCUUCCCUAUGCAGAGCUGAUAGUGAAGAUAAAAUUACUACUGGAAAAAGGAAACAUGAAGACGACGAACCAAUAUUUGAACAAAUUGAAAACACGUCUGAUCCAGCUAGGUGCCCUGUGAAAAUGUUUGAAUGCUAUUUGUCUAAAAGCCCACAGAAUCUGAAUCAGAGGACGGACAUGUUCUAUCUGCAACCAGAAUGCUCUGUCUCCUCGGAUAGUCCUAUCUGGUACACUUCCACCUCACUGGACCGCAACACUUUGGAAAAUAUGCUCGUACGGGUUCUUUUAGUAAAAGAUAUUUAUGAAAAAGACAAUUAUGAACUGGAUGAGGACAUAGAUUAAAACAAACUUCCAAAAACAUUCAAGAAAACAAACAGCAUUAGAUAUAGUCAUGCUGCUAGACCUUUAUUAUGGAGAACAUUUCAAGUUUACCCUUUGUUUUAUGAGUUUUGUAGCAGUGUGUACCCUCACCUGGGUAUUACCAUGUAAAUAAUCUGUGAGUGAAAGUUUCCAUUAUUCUGCGUAGUGAUUUUAGGACACAUAACAAACACAUUUCAGAUUCUUUUUUUUAUUUUAUUAUUUAUUUGAUUAGGUAUGUUUGUAACUUUUUACAUUGCAAAAUAUGAAUGAGAAUGUGCCAUGUGUAAUUUUUUUUUCUUGUAGUAAGAGACAACCAUAUUGCACAACUCUGCUGUUGCAAACUUCCUUGAAAGGACACUUUUAAUGGGUUCUUAAACCGGAUGGUUGUGUAUGGGUAGCACUACUAAAGUUUAGAACUUGCUGUGUCUUUCAGAAUUUUUAAAUAAAUUGUAAACUAAUAGGUUUUUUACUUUUUAGUUACUGAAGCCUUAUAAGGUUAUGUAGAGAGAUUCCAUCUUAUGUACCAAAAAUAGACAAAAGAGAAUGCUGUCAAUAUUGGUGUACUGUAAUGUGAAUCUAUUCUGGUGAAAACAUUUCUUUUGUUGCCCUUAUUAAAACCUUAGUGUCCUUUCCUUA